AUGGCACCUAAAUCAGAACAAGACGUGGUAAACGAUUUCAACGAAAUCGUCAACAUGACAGCAGACGAGCUGGAGACAUUCCUCAAAACCGAGGGAUCGGAAUCAACAGGAUAUCAGAAGGAUGACGGAUCAGGUGAAUCGAUAGGUCACGAAUCGGGGAGGAAGAUUGUUGACAUCUUAAAGAGGAAUCCUAAUAAGGAUCCAUCCAAAUAUACAGAAGAAGAUAAAGAACACAUGAGAAGGGUCGUGUCGUACUGUAAAAGACACUUAGCUCAGGAAGGUAAAUUGAAGGAAACCAAGACUCCUGAAGAGUUGGAGAAGACUAAAUCGACUAGAAGUUUGAAGAAUUGGGGCCACGAUCCCAUGAAGACUUUAUCUAAAUCGGAUCAACCCCAAUCAUCUAAACCGACUUCAAAGAAAGCUGACAAGCCCAAAUCGAAAGGUAAACCCGAAGCAGCCGAGAAGGAAGAGACUGAGAAACCCAAAUCAAAAGGUAGAGGCAGACCGCCUAACAGCAAGAAAGAAGAAGCUAAAUCACCUGAGAAACCUACCACCGAAGAAGCUGAAGUAGGUGAGAAAAGAGGUAGAGGUCGACCACCCAGCAGCAAAAAAGAUGAAACACCCAAGAAACAUUCCGAAGAGGGCAAUGGCGAGGGUGAGAAGAGAGGAAGAGGAAGACCACCCAGGAAAACUUCCGAGGAGGGUGAGAAGUCCGAGAAACCUCCUAGUAAGAAAGCAAAGACUACUACGGAAGGUACGAGGAAACCACCUAGCAGAGGUGCCAAGAAGGCUUAG